UCCUAUAAAUAUUCCGUAAAUCCUUCAAAUGAGGCAUCUACAGCAUAUCGUCACCAAUUCCAAUCGCUUCUCACGCUAAUCUACCUGCAGUUCUAUCAUCCAGAUUGCAUUUCACCCCAGCAAUGAGAACCUCAUUUGCAACCGUAUGUUUCAUCGUCCUCGCAGUCGCCCUAGGUCUUCCUACCCCUAACGCCCUCACGCCUUUCACCCGCAGCAGCAUCUUCGACGCCCUGCUCGCCGCCGAAGAUCCCUUCCGCCUCCCCGAUCCGCCGCUCCUCGCCGUACCCAACUCCGCUUCGGACUCACUCCUCGCCCGAGCCGAUUGGAAAGAAACUCCCAAAGCCCAUAUCAUCUCCCUCGACAUCCCCGGCAUACGCCGCGAUGACGUCAAGAUCGAGGUGGAGGAAGGACGCGUGCUGCGUGUGAGCGGCGAACGGCGGUCGGAGGAGGAGGCCGAGGGCGAGAAGUGGCAUCGAGCCGAGCGACCCACUGGCAAGUUCUGGCGGCGGUUCCGUCUGCCGUGGAACGCCGAUAUUGAGCGGAUCGGGGCGCAGAUGGAGAGCGGAGUGUUGAGGAUCACCGUGCCGAAGCUCGCCGAGCAUCUGCAGAAGCGGGAGGCUAGGGUUGUGGAGAUUGUAGAGGCGGGUGAUAAGGGCGGUGUGGAUGUCAAGGCUUCUAAGGCUGAGAUUUGAGGGCUUAUUUUUCGAUCCGUAGAUGGUUGGAUCUGUUCCUGGUUUGUGAAGCGCUGUUGAAGUGGCGUUAUUGCUGUAAGUGUAGAAGCUGUUGCCUGUAAUCGAUGAGUCUUACUACGAUCAAAGUAAA